ACGCUAGUACCCGCACGCGAGCUGCACCUGCAGACGCCUCGCGCGCAUUCCAAAUGCCUUUCGUGUCUGCCCUCCCAGUCGACUGGUUUUUCCCCCUUCCCCAUAUUAGCCUCGCGCAAUCGCGUCCGGCGACGAGUCUGUACUAGGCUAGUAGCAGUUCUUAGCACUCGUUAUUCCCCACGUCGCGUCCUCCCCAGCCACGCCGCACCUCGUGCGAGAUUGAGCGCGACAGUAGCUGACCCGCUACCGCUUCUCGUGCCACCUCAUCGCAAAACGUCGAGCGAACAAGCGGGCUCCAACUGUCGCGCAAUUGUAUCCUCGUUUCCUACAGCGUCGCGAAAUCCGAGCUCCAUUUCUCGACACGAGAUCAGGGCAAACUCGAACGUUCCGCAACUGCUAUUGCGCCGAGUAUCCCCACGCGCUGAAUAUUGCGCGGUUAUUCGUCGGAUGCGCCGCCAGCAAAACAUGGGCCUUCCUCGUAACCCAUCUGUUUCCCCAACCUCGCCGUUUUCGCUCCCUCCAAUAGCUUUCUUCCUUGCGGCUCUCCUUCCCCUCUCCCUCGUCUCCUUUUCCCAUGCUCGUAGCAUCCCGCGUCUUCCUAUUUAUUCCCCUCCGGCGCAAACUCCUCCCGGUUUCCACGCGAUACAAGACUUCGUCACAAGCGCCGCUGCCACUACAGUCACCGAAGACGGUAGACCUGUCGGCCGGAGAUCCAAAGCCGCUAGAUUUGACGAGCCGACUGAAGCUGACGCUGAGUUCGAGUCAACGAAGCCUCCUGCGAUUAACGACAAGCCGUUAAUCGGUAUUCUGUCGCAGCCGGGUGACGGCGAUGGUGGCAGGGCGCCACGUGUCAACUCAAACCGCGCGGUUGACACGCCGUACGAUGAGUCGGAAUCGUACGGCGGGGCGGAAGUCGGGCGGCACAGGGCGGUUGACACGAACGUGUCGUACAUCGCCGCGUCGUACGCGAAGUGGGUGGAGAGUGCGGGCGCGCGGCCCGUUCCGCUGCUGUACGAUGAACCGGAGGAGAUCCUUCGCGAGAAAUUCGACUCUAUCAACGGUUUGCUGCUCCCUGGCGGCGGGACCGACCUGGUGCCCGGGCGCUUCAUGUCUACAGUGCAGCUGUUGUUGAAGUGGGCCAAGGACGCCAACGACCGUGGGGACUUUUUCCCGGUCCAAGCGACGUGCAUGGGGUUCGAAGCCAUGGCGAUCGCUGUUAGUGAGGAUUUCAACGUGCUCGAACUAAAGCGGUUCAGUGCGUUGGAUUUGGCCUCUCCGCUCAACUUUGUGGGCAACUGGGUGCACCACAGAAGCUACUUCUCCUGGAUGUCUCCUGAUCUGGCACAAAAGGUUCAAAAGCUCCCUUUGACCAUGGAGAACCAUCAGGACGGCACGACGGUGCAUCGCUUUUUGUCCACCUCACUGAGGGACUUCUUCUUCGUGCUCACUACCUCGUUUGACAAGAAAGGACUGGAGUAUGUGACAACAGUGCAGGGAAAGCGCUACCCAUUCUAUGGCACGCAGUGGCAUCCCGAGAAGAACGCCUACGAGUGGGGCUUGGACCACAUACCACAUGCAGCAGAUGCGGUGGCUGUAGGACAGGCUGCAGCCAACUUCUUCGUCAAUGAGGCUCGUCGUAACACCCAUCGACCGGCCUCAGAGGAGAGGAUGAAUGAGAUUCUUCUGUACAACCACACUCCAGUGUUCGCUGGAAAGAAUGGGCAUGGAUUCUUUGAGCAAUCGUAUGUAUUCAAGAGGGCUGCUGGCCCUAGCGAUAAUGUUGCCGUUGCUUGACCCCACUAGCUUUAGUAUUUAUUUUUCAUCAAAUAUUGUCAAAUUGUACAUGUGUAGCUUUACCUGCAUGCACGGAAGGAAAAUUGGCAUUUGUUUGCAGACCAAUAAUAAUGGAAAGAUGAGUGCUUGGGUUGCCAUACUGGAGCACAUCGGAGCGGAGCACACGUACCGGUAU